AUGGCGCAGCAGAAGACAGCUAUCCUUUCCGUCUACGACAAAACGGGACUGCUCGACCUUGCCAAAGGCCUGGUCAAGCACAAUGUCCGCCUCCUCGCGUCCGGUGGCACCGCCAGACUGAUCCGGGAAGCAGGCUUCCCUGUCGAAGGUUGGAGGAGGGAAAAUGAUGACGAACAAGUGAAACAUUCAAUUGACAUUUCUGUCUUCAGGGACGUCUCUGCCAUCACUAAAGCCCCCGAAAUGCUCGGCGGCCGUGUCAAGACCCUCCACCCUGCUGUCCACGGCGGUAUCCUCGCCCGCAACAUCGAAUCCGACGAGAAGGAUCUGGCGGAACAACACAUCGACAAGGUCGACUAUGUCGUCUGCAACCUCUACCCGUUCAAGGACACCGUGGCUAAGCCGAACGUCACCAUCGAUGAGGCCGUUGAGGAGAUUGAUAUCGGCGGUGUGACCCUCCUUCGUGCGGCGGCCAAGAACCACGCUCGCGUCACCAUCCUGUCCGACCCCAAUGACUAUCCCGAGUUUCUGAAGGAGCUCGAGGCCGGCGAGGUCUCGGAGCAGAGCCGUAAGACGUACGCCCUCAAGGCCUUCGAGCACACCGCCGACUACGACAGCGCCAUCUCCGCUUUCUUCCGCAAGCAAUAUGCCGGUGACGGUCUGCAGCACAUCUCCCUCCGCUACGGCACCAACCCGCACCAGAAGCCGGCAGCUGCCUACAUGCUGCAAGGCAAAUUGCCGUUCAAGGUGUUGGGAGGCUCUCCCGGAUAUGUCAACCUGCUGGACUCGCUGAACGCCUGGCCCCUUGUCAAGGAGCUGAAGCAGGCUCUGGGUUACCCAGCUGCGGCCAGCUUUAAGCACGUCUCGCCCGCCGGUGCUGCUAUCGGUGUGCCUCUGAAUGAGAAAGAACGCAAGGUCUACAUGGUCGAUGACAUUGAAGGACUUGAGUCAUCCGGUCUAGCCCAGGCAUACGCGCGCGCCCGGGGUGCCGAUCGCAUGUCGAGCUUCGGAGACGUCAUCGCUCUCAGCGACAAGGUCGAUGUACCGACCGCCAAGAUCAUUUCACGAGAAGUGUCCGACGGUGUCAUUGCUCCUGACUACGAACCCGAGGCGCUCAAGAUUCUCAAGCAGAAGAAGGGAGGCAAGUAUCUCGUCCUGCAGAUCGACGAGACUUACACUCCUCCCCCGAUUGAGACCCGCACCUUGUACGGCGUCCAGCUGGAGCAACGCCGCAACGACGCCGUCAUCAGCCCCGAGAAGACCUUCAACAACAUCAUCACGCCCAAGGGCCUUAAGAGCCUGCCGGAGUCCGCCCUCCGCGACCUCACUGUGGCGACCAUCGCUCUCAAGUACACGCAGUCGAACUCUGUGUGCUACGCUCUCAACGGCCAGGUGAUCGGUCUGGGCGCAGGUCAACAGAGCCGCAUCCACUGCACUCGUUUGGCGGGCGACAAGGCCGACAACUGGUGGAUGCGGUUCCACGAGAGGACGCUCAACAUCAAGUGGAAGAAGGGCACCAAGCGGCCCGACAAGAGCAACGCCAUUGACAUGCUGUGCUCGGGCCAGAUCCCGCAAAACGAGAUCGAGAAGGCCGACUACGAGCGUGUCUUUGAGGAGGUGCCUGUUCCAUUCACGCAGGAGGAGCGAGAAGCCUGGCUGAAGCAGUUGGGCGACGUCGCCGUGUCAUCUGACGCAUUCUUCCCCUUCGUCGACAACGUCUUCCGCGCUGCCCGCUCCGGAGCCAAAUACAUUGCUGCCCCGAGCGGCAGCCAGAACGACAGCGCCGUCUUCGAGACGGCCGAGAAGCUCGGCAUCGUGUUUGUCGAGCAGGGAAUCCGGCUGUUCCACCAUUAA